UCAGAGAAGAUGUUUGAGCUCGUGGCGGACGCGUCGAACUCGUUCUAUGACUCGGAGGAGAACGUGCUUGGAAGCUUGGAGUACAUCAAGAACGUGUACUCAAAGCAACCUUAUGUGUCAAACGGUUACAUCGGCGCGAGAUUAUCAACAUUGGGCCACGGAUUCACAUACGAUGAGUUGAACUUACACUCGAAUGAUAACGAAACACACGAUCCAUUGGUUAAUGGAUGGCCUUUGUUCAACAAGAGGUACACAGGAGCAUUCGUUGCAGGGUUUUACUCCUUACAAGAGACACUUCCCGCCACGAAUUUCCCAGAGCUAUAUUCGCAGGGAUACGAUAGCGUCAUGGCAUCAAUCCCUUACUGGGCACAGUUGGAUGUGAUAUUCGAGGACGAGACUGGUGAGCAUGUCUUCAACCCGCAAGGCGUUGACCCGAUGGACAUCACAGGCUAUAACCAGAACAUGUCUUUGCAUAAUGGAGUGGUGCACACUUCAUUGACUUGGUUGAACAAAUUGGAGAUUGAUAUUGAAGUGUUUGUCCACAAGAAGGUGGAAACAUUGGCAGUGAUGGGGAUGUCGAUACGACCAAUAAACAGUCCUAUGAACGUGACUUUGAGAGAUUCUCUAGAUUUCCAAACAAGUCAAAGAUCAUGGUUGAAGGAUCUAGGUGCCGAUGACGAAGGAAUAUACAUGGUGGUACAGCCUGAGAACGUUCCAACUUCAAAAGCUGCGGUAUUUUCAUCUUGGGAUGUCGAAGGCUCUCAUAAAUAUGUCUUGAACAGGACAAGAGUUGUUAACGAAGGUACAGUUGAAUUAUUCCCCCACGAAGUGGCAUUGGUUAACAAAUACGUUGGUGUUGUUUCAACGGAGUUCCAUGAGAAGCUUGAUAGAACAGAGUUGGAACAUGCAAAGAUCACGGUGGAAUACGCACAUAUAUUGGGCAGAGAUACACUUUUGCAAAUGCACAAAGAAGAAUGGGAGCAAUAUUUUGAAGAAACCAAUAUUUUCUUCCCUUCAGACUCCAUGCUUACAGUGGCAGCGCAGGCAAGUUUGUUCCACCUCAUAUCUAACACCAACGUGAACUCAAGAGGAUUAUCAUCUGCGUUGGGCACGGCUGGAUUAUCCAGUGACAGUUACGGCGGAAUGGUGUUUUGGGAUACUGAUCUUUGGAUCAUUCCAGGUAUCGUCCCAUUUGCACCUGAUGUUGCCAAUGCAGUAAGCAACUAUCGAAACUAUACGCACCCGCAGGCAGUACUCAAUGCUCAACAGUACGGAUAUGAAGGAGCUGCCUAUCCUUGGACAUCUGGGAGAUUUGGUAACUGUACGUCUGCUGGUCCAUGUGUCGACUACGAAUACCACAUAAACGUUGAUAUUGCCUUGAGUUCAUAUCUCUUGUACUUGGCAGGUGAAGAUGAAGAAUAUUUGAGAUUUACUACAUGGCCAUUGUUAAGGGAUGCUGCAGAUUUCUUAACCCAGUAUACAAAGUUUGACCCUGAGCUAGGGCUAUACACAACGAGUAACUUGACAGAUCCUGAUGAGUACGCCAACCAUAUAGAUAAUGGUGCCUUCACAAAUGCAGGCAUUGAUAGACUCUUAAACUUGACGAUAACAGUUGCGGAUCACCUUGGAGUUGAAAAGAAUCCCAGAUGGGAAAAGGUUCAUGCACACAUAUACAUUCCGAAAUCAGAAUCAGGUAUAGUUUUGGAGUACUCUGGCAUGAAUUCUUCAGUUCGUAUCAAGCAGGCUGACGUUGUUAUGUUGACUGUGCCGUUGAAUUACAAGGUGGAAUCUCAUAGACAGGAAUCCAUAGAUAACAUGCUAUACUACUCUUUGAAACAAGUUGAUAUGGGACCUGCCAUGACUUUCCCAGUAUUUUCUAUGGCUUCUAGAAGGUUGAUAAGUUAUGGAUGCUCCUCCCAGAGUUACCUUCAGAAAUCUGUCUUACCAUACGUCAGACUUCCAUUUGCCCAAUUCAGCGAACAAGCCGAUGAUAACGUCUUGACUAACGGUGGUACUCAUCCUGCAUUCCCAUUCCUUACAGCACAUGGUGGCUUUUUACAGGCCAUUGUACACGGCAUUCUAGGGCUCAAAUAUAGUGCGCGUGUUGACCCUGCUUCGAACCAAAUUGAGAGAUAUUUGGCGUUCGACCCUGUGAGGCCUCUUGCAUUACCAGGUGGUGUCGUUUUAAAUGGAUUCAAGUACAUGGGCCAAGUGUUGGAUGUAACGUUGACAGAUUUUACUGCUACUAUCAAGCACCGUCGUGGUCUUUCACCCAUCACGGUGGAGGUCAACGAGAGAAACGAACGCUCGGGGAACUAUACGUUGAGACCCCACUCAACGCUUACUGUACCGAUAUACAAUCCUCCGUUGAACAUACCUGGGUCGUGCACUGAAUGCCAACAAAUUGCCAAUUUGACAUGUGGCUCACCAGCUGAAGUACCGCUAUCCGCUAUUGACGGUAAUAACUACACGUACUGGCAACCAAUCAACAGGGAGCCAGCUAGAUUGUUGAUAGAUUUGGGUAAACCGCAAAUAGUGCAGAGUGGACUUAUGAUUUGGGGACAUAGACCGCCAAAGUACCUAUCAAUA